AUGGGUGUUCACUCAUUAUGGGACAUAGUUGGUCCAACAACAAAACCAGUUAGGUUAGAGUCACUAUCUAAUAAAAGGAUGGCAGUCGACGCAUCCAUCUGGAUUUACCAAUUUUUAAAGGCAACACCAGAUAACGGCAGUCACAAGUUAAAGAAUGCUCAUAUUUUGGGGUUCUUUAGGCGUAUAUGCAAAGUGCUUUACUUUGGGAUGAAACCUGUAUUUGUUUUUGAUGGGGGUGCUCCACCGUUAAAGAGAGAAACCAUCCGCCAGAGGCGGGAAGCCAGACAAGGUAAACGGGCAGAUGCAGCUGUUACAGCUCAAAAGUUACUGGCCUUACAGAUAUAUAAGCAACAAGAUGAGAAAACUACUGGUAGCCCAAAGAAGAAUCAUGUGGGGGGUGUUUUGUUCCGUCCUGCCGAUGAGUAUGAGUUGCCCCAGAUUCCAGGCUUUGUUUAUGACGAGAAAGAUACACGUAUAUCAGCCGCUGAGGACAUUAAGACCGUAAUGGAUCAUAGUGAUGAGUUAGACGGGAUCGAUUUAACAUCUAUUAAUCCUGCAUCUAAGGAAUUUGAUGAGCUUCCGAAGUCUACUCAAUAUUUAGUCCUUUCUGUGCUCAGAUUGCGUUCCCGUCUAAGAAUGGGAUACACGAAAGAACAAUUAGAAGAGCUCUUCCCCAACAGCAUGGAUUUUUCAAAGUUUCAGAUUGACAUGGUCAAGAAGAGAAACUUCUUUACCCAGAAGCUGAUGAACAUAACAGGUAUAAAUGAUGGAGGCAGCUUGGAAACUAAUGAGGUUAUCAGCAGAAUAUCAGGACAAAGAGAUACAGAAUACAAGCUUAUCAAAACUGAAACUGGUUGGGCUAUGAGCUUAGGGCCCCAGGAUGGUUCAGAGGUAAGUAAGGCCAUUAUUAUUGAUGAUCAAAAUGUUACGCCUUCCCGCAGGGGUAUUGCUAAGGAACAACAGGAUGAUAACAAUGAAAGCGAAGAAAGUAUCGAAUGGGAAGACAUUAAUGUAAAUAUAGGAAAGAAAAAAGAACAGUUGGACUAUUCAAUGAAAGCAUCGAUAUUACCUCCACUUUUGCAAGAAAAUAGUGCAGUUGGUAGCCAGUCUUUCUUGGACAAAAGAGGUAACCUGACUACACCUUCAAAACAAUCAAAAAGGAAUCCUGUGCGCUAUACUGAAAGUAGUGACGAAGAUUCAGAUGAAGAAUACAUAAAACAGAUUGAAGAAAUGGAAGCGAUUGAAGCUAUGCAGAGAUCUCAAGCUCUAAGAAAUACGAACCUACAACGAAAAUCGAUAUCAGAAAUUGGCGACAAAAAUAUUCAGGAACGUGAUAUUUCUAAUGACACUCAUUACCAAGAAAUUCAAAUUGCAGCAGGAAAAACAUCAAACACAACUAAAUUUCAAUCUGAGUCUAAGAUAAUCGACAAAUUGUAUCAUGUUAAUGAGGAGAACGAAGCUUCACAUCAACAGCCGCCCGCAUCUAAAAUAUCGCAACAAGUUGUUGGUAAUCUAACAAGUGGAUCAAAAAAAGAGAGGGAUGAACUUUCUGAGAUUUCAGGCUUACAUUUGGAUGGCAAUUCUUUUCUCUUUGACGUUGAUGAGCCAGAAUUACCGUCACGAAAAGAAGGUUCAAAGAACACAAAAAAAACAGUGGAGACACCACUAUGGUUCCAAUCGCACAAUGAUCCUAGCUCAAACAAUCAUUACUUGAAAGAUUCUUUUGUAAAAGACAAGGUGGCAAAUCCUAGUGCUAUAACCGAAGAUGAAAAAUUCCGUUUAUAUACGGGGCAUCGGGCUCGAGAAUUAAUUGAAGAAGUUACCAAUCCUGUGGAUUUAGAAAUAGAGGAGGUUGACGUAUCAGAGCCAGAAAUCCUAAAAGAACUACCUGUAGCAGAUACCGAUCAGAGAAAAGGUGAUGUUGAUGAUCCCAACAAGUCAAUGGAUCAAACUUUAUUACCCAAAACAGGUACAAAUAUUCAUGAGCCAUUUUUAGAUUACUACUUUUCAGAAGAAGAAGAAGAAGAAUUAGCUAAACAAUUGGUAAGUGAGCAAGAAGGUUAUAAUAACUUCAAAAAGACGCUAAAUCCAGAUAUAGUAUCAAAUGCUUUUAUUGAAGACGAGCUAUACAAACAAUACCAAAAGGAUAUGAGUGCUGCAGAUGAAGUAACUGUUGAAAUGGUUACCCAAAUACAGGAACUUUUGACCAGGUUUGGCAUCCCGUAUGUUACAGCUCCCAUGGAAGCGGAAGCACAAUGCGCAGAGUUAUUGAAAUUGAAAUUGGUUGAUGGUAUCAUUACGGAUGAUAGUGAUAUAUUCCUCUUUGGUGGUUCAAACGUGUAUAAAAACAUGUUCUAUGAGAAGGCUUUUGUAGAAUAUUAUUCUAGUGAUUCUAUUUCAUUGAAUUUGGGCUUGAAUAGGGACAUGCUUAUCUCACUUGCAGAGUUAUUAGGAAGUGAUUACACUACAGGAGUCAAAGGUGUGGGACCUGUAUCUGGAAUGGAAAUAUUGGCUGAAUUUAGAGAUUUAGAAACGUUCCGCAAUUGGUACAAUGACGGCCAAUUUGAUAAGAAGAAUCUAGAAAACGAAUCAACCUUUAGAAAGAACCUCCGUAGAAAGCUGAUGAAGAACGAUGUCAUUUUGGGUGAUAAUUUCCCAAACCCUUUCGUUCGAAAUGCAUAUAUGAACCCUGAAGUGGAUCAUGACACCACAAACUUUGUAUGGGGGAUCCCAGACCUGGAUCAACUGCGAAGUUAUCUUCAUUCGAACCUGGGCUGGCCAAGUGAAAAGUCUGAUGAAGUUUUGGGUCCAUUAAUUAGAGAACUCAACAAAAGAAAGACCACAGGGGCCCAAACCACUUUGGGAGAGUUCUUCCCUACAAAGCUGGUUGAAAAUGAGAAAAAUUUGAAAUUGGGUAAAAGGAUCAAACAUGCUGCAGGCCUAUUAAAGAAGCAGCGAAUCAGGUAA